CAUGAGUGUCAUUUCUCAGUGAGAUAGAGAGAGAGCGAGCGAGCGAGAGAGAGAGAGAGAGAGAGAGAGAGAGAGACAGAGAGAGUGUCUGACAGUCCUGCUCAGUGCACAAACAAGGUUGCUGGAAACAAGGAGGGUUUGAGCAUACAAGGCAGGUGAUACUAGGAUAUCCAGGCAAGGAGAACUCAAAAGGGACAUGUUGACAAUACCAUUCGAAGAACACGACAUGAUGUGCGAGCCUCCUUUUGGUGCCAGUUUUCCUCGUGAGAACAUUGGCGAGCAACGGAAACAAGAUAUCCUCCAUCCAGUACCCGAUGACACGUCCCAUUCCGAGACAAAAGACACAGAGGACGAAAACUCGGAGAGAGAAGAGGACGAAAGGGACGUGUGUCACGACGACAAUGAACACCCGAAGAGGAGAGGCCCUCGGAAAAAGACAGGUCGCGCAGAGAGGGUCAAAGUGCGGCGUCAUGAAGCCAAUGCGCGAGAACGCAGUCGCAUGCACGGACUGAACGACGCACUCGAGGGCUUGCGCAAAGUUGUGCCCUGCUACUCCAAAACACAGAAACUGUCUAAAAUCGAGACGCUUAGACUGGCGAAGAACUACAUUUGGGCCCUGUCGGAGACCUUAAGUGCCGGGAAAAGACCCGAUUUGCUUUCCUUUGUCCAAACAUUGUGCAAGGGAUUGUCACAGCCGACCACCAAUUUAGUAGCAGGUUGUCUGCAGCUAAACGCCCGAAAUUUUGUCACUGAUCACAACGGAGAGGUGGCCUUCUCCGGCAGGCCCACAUAUGACGUGCUGUACCCUUACCAGAGCUCGGACAUGGGCACGCCCACUAGCCACAGCACCGGCACCAUAGACGGGACCAAAACAUUCCGACCCUAUAACUACCAAGGCCCAUAUGAGCCAUUUUAUGAGGGCGCGUCUCCCGAGGGCGGGAGUCCACACUUUGAGGGUCCGCUCAGUCCCGCUAUGAACUUCAACGGCAUCUUUUCACUAAAGCACGAAGAUCCGGCCGAAUAUGGUAAGAACUGCCACUACGGAAUGCGAUACUGUGGAGUGCCGACUCGUGGAGCACUCGCCCAAAACUCCAUGUACAGGAUGUCCCCUGACAAUCAAUUCCCUUAUGACCUGCAUCUGCGCAGUCAGUCCAUCCAAGACGAAAUAAAUGCGCCUUUUCAUAAUUAAUGGGCAACGUAAAAGGUUCCAAUUCCCUUUUGACUGUUAAUUACUGACUGCACAUUUUAUGCACUGAAGAUGAAAUCAGUUUUAUUCGGGCUUAUUCACAGUUAAUUGCGUACUAUAUGUAUUUAUUUAAUUCCCAAUUAAUUGGGCCUACGUUUACAAGAAUUUAGGUUGAUUGUAUUUUUAUUUCAGAUUUUGUAUGACAAGGUUUGAAUUGUAUUUAUUCAAUGUAUGAAAUAAAUGAAAAGUCUGUGCAAUCAAAUGUAAUGAUGCAAUCAGUAUGUUUUCAGUAGUAAAUGCUGCUUUUGAUUUUAAAGUAAGUUUUGAAAUAAAUUCAUGUUAAGGGUGUAAUAAUCUAUGCAAACAUGCAUCGCUAUUAACCGACACAAAACGAAAUUUUAGUGAGAACUAACGUUAUCCUAUCCUUGACCUUCAAGUCACAAUUGCAAAUACAAAAUUGCACUAUAAAAACAUACCUCCUAGAUAUCUAUUGAUUAAAUAGUUAAACGAACUGACAAAUCAUAUUAGAGAGAUAUUCACUUUCAGGCACGGUUUUGAAGUAUGACAUGAUUGCAGUCUAACAGAUGGGGUGAUCUGGCAUGAAAUUCAGUGGGCUAAACAUAUAGCCUACUGGCUUACGGCAGAUUAAAGGGAUUUCGGAAAUGAAUGCAGAUUUUCCUAUUCUGCUGUAUGCCUUCUGUUUUGAAAUCAUCGCAAGUGGACAAAUGUUAAAAGCAGCAUAGCAGGCCUACAACUGUAUGUUUGGCGGUUAAAGAAUAUCUAGCUUGUUAUUCAUUAUGGAUCGUGGUUCACAAUGUAAAUAGAACAAAUUAUGUAUAAAUACUGUGAACAACAUUGUGAUGUUUUAACUCUGCCUGCAUAUCAUUUGAGCUGUGUAUGCUGGUAUUACUGACAUACGUUUCCAGUUUCAAGUUUUACAUCAUUGUGUUCUUUCUUUCUUCCGUUGACUUUCUUACUAGUUCAGUCACUCGUUGUUUAGCUGUGAAAGAAGAGGUAAAAGGUGCGGUGCGACCUGAUGCUAUAGGCCCACGAGGCUUGGGGUGCUGGUGCUUCUUCUUCUUCUUCUUCUUCUUCUUCUUCUUCUGCUAAAUUUACUUAUGACUCUGAUGUAUAUUACUGGUCAUCUGCAAUGUGUUUUACUCCUUUUAUUUUUUUUUACGUGUAAGAAGUGUCUAUUUCAAAUAAAAUAUGGAACCAGC